AGUUGAGACGCGUCUGAGAGAUUCUGCGCAUUGACUGAUUAAAGCGGGAUUAGCCGUGUUUGACGUCAGAAACUGCAAACAAAUGACCCCAUAAAAAGACUGAACCUGUCCGGAAGAAAAAAGAAAAGCUCUGGGUGCACAGCACAGACGUGGAGGUCCAGAGAGCGCCACAAAUACGCAGACACACUUUGACAAGCAGACACACACGGACCAGAAGACUUUUGCGCCUAAGAUGCCCCUUUCAAGCAGCUCCACGUCCUCCACGAAAAGCAUCCGUAGAGCAGCAUCCGAGCUGGAGAGGUCUGAUUCCAUCACGUCUCCAAGAUUCGUCGGGAGGCGUCAAAGCUUGAUCGAGGACGCUCGCAAGGAGAGAGAAGCCGCCGCCGCAGCGGCAGAGGCUGCGGAGGCCAGUGAGCAGAUAGUGUUUGAAGAGGACGAUGGAAAAGCGCUGCUCAACGUCUUCUUCACUUUAAGAAACUCCAAGACACCCGCACUGUCACGGACACUCAAAGUUUUUGAGACAUUUGAAGCUAAGAUUCACCAUUUGGAGACUCGACCGUGCCGGAAGCUCAAGGACAGCCUGGAAGGCCUGGAGUACUUCGUCCGCUGUGAGGUGCACCUCUCAGAUGUCAGUACACUCAUCAGCUCCCUCAAGAGAAACGCAGAGGAUGUGAAAACCACCAAAGAAGUCAAAUUUCAUUGGUUCCCAAAGAAAAUAGCAGAUUUGGACAGAUGUCAUCAUCUGGUCACAAAAUUUGAUCCAGACUUGGAUCAAGACCAUCCUGGCUUCACAGACCCUCUUUACAGACAGAGGAGGAAAAUGAUUGGAGACAUUGCCUUCAGAUACAGACAUGGGGAGUCGAUUCCCAGAGUGGAAUACACAGAUGAGGAGAUUGGCACAUGGAGGGAAGUCUACUCAACUCUACGGGACCUGUACGUCACCCACGCCUGCAGUGAAUACCUCGAGGCUUUCCGACUGCUGGAAAGACAUUGUGGGUACAGUCCGGACAAUAUUCCCCAGUUGGAGGACGUGUCACGCUUUCUCAAAGAGCGUACAGGGUUCAUACUGCGUCCAGUGGCAGGUCUGCUCUCAGCCAGAGAUUUCCUGGCCAGUUUGGCAUUCAGGGUAUUCCAGUGCACCCAGUACAUCCGGCACGCCUCCUCCCCAAUGCAUUCCCCAGAACCUGACUGUGUCCAUGAACUAUUGGGCCACGUCCCCAUGCUGGCAGACCGCACUUUUGCCCAGUUUUCACAGAAUCUUGGUCUGGCAUCACUUGGGGCUUCAGAUGAAGAUAUUGAGAAACUAUCCACUCUAUACUGGUUCACUGUCGAGUAUGGCUUGUGUAAACAGAAUGGCGAGGUGAAGGCUUACGGAGCCGGUCUGCUCUCCUCUUAUGGAGAGCUUGUGCAUUCACUGUCUGAUGAACCAGAGACACGGGAGUUCGAUCCAGAGGCAGCCGCAGUGCAGCCUUAUCAAGACCAGACAUACCAGCCUGUCUACUUCAUUUCUGAGAGUUUCUCAAAUGCCAAGGAGAAAUUCAGGGAGUAUGUGGCUGGAAUCAAACGUCCCUUCUCUGUGAGGUUUGAUCCAUACACCUUCAGUGUGGAGGUGCUGGACAACCCGCUGAAGAUCCAAGGAGGCCUGGAGGGUGUGAAGGAUGAGCUCAAGACUCUAACAGACGCCCUCAGUGUGUUGUCAUGAUGAUCCUGCAGUCUGUGUCCACCCUGCUGUCGUUCGGUUCCUCUUCGCUGCGCUCUGCGACGUGUGAUAAGACCAGUGUAUUCAUCUUUCUGUGCUGUUCCUACAGUAUGAUGCUGUUUCUCAUGAGUUGUUGCUUGUUUGUUGCUGGCUGGUUGGCCGACAAGGUUGCAACCUCAACAAGCAGUGCAGGCAAAGUUUCCAAAGAUAUUCAAUGCCUCGCUGGGUUUGGAUCCAUUUGUGAAAUGAUGGGGUUUUACUGACCGGAAAAUUGAAAGGAAAACGUGUUGUUUGAGAAAAAUGUCAAAAUCUGAACCAAAAUUUAAAGGGAACUGUGAUAAUGAAUGUAUUAAAAGAAAACUAAAUGAGUAUAGUAUAAUUAUUUUAAAAUCAAAGAGACAUGAUGGCAUAACAAAGAUUAAAGUGUACGUUUAAAUUAGAUUAUUUUAUUUAGAAACUGAAAAGAUCUCUGCUGUGUCAAAGGCUUUAUUUUCCAAAUAUGUGAAUUCAGUAGUCCCGUAUUAACUCUAAUGUCGCUGAUUUGUUUGAUUUUAUGCAGUUUUUGUCUUGCGGUGUGAACGCAUCAUAAAAGAAAUAAUAAAACACACUUUCCAUGUAGUGAUGUACUGCUGAUUACUGCUUGAGUAAGAAAGAAUCUAUCAAAUAAUAAAGAAUUGCAAAUUAAAAGUUUUUGCCGUCAGGUUAAUUUAUAAUUUUUUAAAACACUUUUUGCUUUGAUAAUCUGUUCAUCUCAUGCCUUACCAAACAAACAGAA